AACCUGAAACAAUUUUGACACUUGAGGAAAUGACCUCUGCGGUGGAUUUUGCGCUGUUGUUUAGUUCUUGUUUUGUGUUUGCUUUCGUGGAUGUGUAUUUGUAAUAUUUAUCGUAUAAACUAGAUGCGUUUGAUACUGUAAACAUGGAAAAAGAGCCACACGCCGACCCUCUGUGGCAGAAAAAGACGAGCGUUCAGAAACCUAUGAGGCUACCGAAAGACCAGCAAACUGGAGCUGCUAGCACCCCCUCGCUAAAAAUCGACGUCGAACAGUCCACUCUUAAGCCCGACGCACCAGAAUUCAUCCCCCAAUCCGUGAGAUUCGAGCAACUUUCGCAGUCGCUGCAACAAAACGUCGUCAUAACAAAUCAGACACCAAAAAGUCAUGCACAGAAUAGAAUUGCCCUUAUUAGAAAUUCUAAAAACAAUGAACCUAAUAACCAUGAGUAUUCAGAUUAUGAACACGUUACCAACGGAUAUGGUAACGAUGAAUCCCUGGACAUGCUGAGGUUAAGACAAAUCAUUUCUUCCCUUAUUAAGUAUCCUGGGCAGUUUGACGAUCUGCUUAUGGUCUUUAUGGAGACAAUUUACCCAUAUUUUGAUGAUAUUCUGGCUAUGUCUGAAAUUACUAAUCUUAUGGUAAACGAGGCAAUAACAUGUCCAAACUUCCGUUACAAUGGUGCAAGGCUUUGUUGGUACGUUGAGCAAAAGUGUCCCAGUUUCAGGGCAGAUUUACAUUUGAAAUGUCAAAAAGCAUUAAACGACCAUACCAAUAAACAGAACGUUGUGCUCUUUAUAGCCGAGUUAUACACGCAACUCCCCCAUGACAGUUUAUAUGGGGCUCUUUUGGUUGAGUCCUUUAAAAAACUACUCACAUCUGGCGGAGAUGACAAUGUUAAGUGUAUUUGCCAGGCGUUAAAGUUGACGGGUUAUUCGUUGGAACAAAACAAUAAACAGGCCCUGGACGACUUGUUUGCGCAGCUUCGAUUGCUGAAGAAUACUAUAAAGGGUUCCGCCUUGACCUUGCUGGUUUCUGUGAUAAAUUUGAGAGAGUCGAAUUGGGGUAGGGGAAGUACAGAGUCUCCACAUAGUUCUGAUUAUACAGAAUAUGAUCAUGAUUAUGAGGAAAUGGUGAAAGGUAUUUUGUAUGAGAGCAACGGAGAAGUUUUGACAAAUGAGGAGAACGAAUUUUUGGCUGCUUAUGCAACCAACAGCGAGUAUCUUAUUGACAAUGAAGACCCUGACGCCCUGUGCGACCCCGAGCCGGAAAUGGACGAGGAGAUUCAAGCAGCUUUCCAGGAGUUUGUAAAAUUAAGUAAAGGCUAAUUCUUUCUUUUUCCAUUGUGUUAAAAGUUGCUUUACGAACAAAAAUGAAAAAAAAACUCGUCUGAUUAAGUUAACUCUUUUUAUUUAUUGAUUUUCGGACUUUAUAUUAGAAUUGUGUAAGAGAUAAAAAAAACCGUGUAUUUAAAGUGGUGUUUUCAAAAAAAAAAGGUGGUUUCUAAAAGCUUCAAUUAGAUUUUUUUGAGAAAGAAAGUAUUGGGGGAAAAUAAAUUGACGUAUUUCAAAAUGACAAUGACAUUUUUCGGAGAAAAUAAAAAAAAUCGCAAUUUUUUAGCGAAUUAAACUAAAUUCCAAUAUACAGGGUGAUCCAUUGUUUUGAAAAAGUCUCAGGUUUCUUAUUUGAGAUUGUAUAUAGUUUUUAAAAUGGAAUGUUGCAAAAAAAUUUACCAUUUUUAAAAAAGACUAUAAAUUCUUGAUCAAUACAGAGUGUUUUUUCAAAGCUGUCUAUUUUUUAGACUAGAUUUUCUGCAUACUCUUUCAAAAUUAUAAAAUAGGAAAUAUUUUAUAAUUUUGUCCUUUUCAAUACUAAUUAUACUAAAAUACACGAUAUUGCACGGUAUGUACAGGUUAAGUCAAAACUGUAUAUACUGUAUUUUCUCCACAAUUUCAAAUAAAACAUAUUUGAAUCACCCUAUAUGCCUAUUUUGGAGUAAAAAUAUUGAGGAAAACACAUGAUUGAGAUUCUUUGGAAUACUAGGUCACCCUGUACACAUUAGUAACAUUUUACUAUCUUUUGUAAUUUGGAAAUAUAAAAAAUGAUUCUAGUCUGUAAAAAUCAAUUUAGAAACAUCUUUGUAUCCAAUACAAUAUAUACAGGGUGUCAUUGAAAAGUAAAUAAAAAUAAAAUAAUUACCUGUGGAACCCAAAUAACCUGAAAAUGAAAAAAAAACAUUACUCAGAUGUCAAUUUAUUUGUUAAUUGAUGAAAAAUAUAAUUAAAUUUUUGAUAGAAAAUAUUAAAUUUAUUUUCAUGUUUUUUAGAAACUGCCGACCUUACAGCUAUAAUAGCGUUCUCGAGCGAGAAACUUUUUUUAAACAAAUUACAGGAUUAUUCUUACAGCGGUUUGGUACCUGUCAAAGUUCUUAUCAAAUAAAUUGAACAAAAAUGUUUGCCCAAACUAAUUUGUUAAAAUUUAGUGUGGUAUAAAACUGCUGUUAAAUGCUACAAAUUAAAAAAAGGACAUCCUGUAGGUACAUAUUAUUAUAUCAUUUGAAAAAGAAUGCGUGUUAUGUAAAUUUUGGCUCGAAUACGUAUAAAUAGCUUAGAUAUUCGUUAGAUGUCCUUAUUUUGUACGUGUUUUGUUACAUUUGAUUCGGGGUUUUCUUAGCGCGUCCAUCGUUUUGGAAACCAAGUGAAUAUAUUUGUAGUAAGAGUAUCUUAAAAAGUAAUAUUAAUGCACCCCAAAAAAAUAAAAUAAAUGAUAAUUUAAGG